AUCACAUAACACAUUCACAUUCACAAAAGAAGAAAAAAUUGAGAGAGGAAGAAUGGCGAAAUCACCAGAAGAAGAGCAUCCACAAAAGGCUUUUGGCUGGGCUGCCACAGAUACCUCUGGAGUCCUCUCACCCUUCCAUUUCUCUCGAAGGGAAAAUGGUGAUGAGGAUGUCACCAUCAAAAUCCUUUACUGUGGAAUUUGCCAUUCAGACUUGCAUGCUGCGAGGAAUGAAUGGGGUUUUACCAGUUAUCCUAUGGUUCCGGGCCAUGAAAUUGUUGGAGUUGUGAGCAGCAUUGGCAAAAGUGUGAAGAAAUUCAAAGUGGGUGAUAGGGUUGGGGUUGGGGUCAUGGUGGCCUCAUGCAAGAAUUGCGAGUACUGCCAGCAGGAUUCUGAGACUUACUGUCCUGAGCUUAUAUUGACCUAUGGCUCUAUACACCGUGAUGGGACAAUGACUUAUGGUGGUUAUUCUGAUAUGAUUGUUGUGGAUGAACACUGUGUGCUUCGCAUCCCUGAAAGCCUGCCAUCUGAUGCUUCUGCGCCGCUGUUAUGCGCGGGGACAACAAUAUACAGCCCAAUGAAGUAUUAUGGAAUGACUGAGCCUGGGAAGCACUUGGGGGUUGCGGGACUUGGUGGACUUGGUCAUGUUGCUGUGAAACUUGGUAAGGCCUUUGGGUUGAAAGUUACCGUUAUUAGCACCUCCCCAAGCAAGAAGAGUGAAGCAAUUGAUAGGCUUGGCGCUGAUUCAUUCAUUGUCGCCAGAGACCCUGCGCAAAUGAAGGUAGCCAUGGGUACUAUGGAUUACAUCAUUGACACAGUGUCUGCAGUUCAUCCCCUGGCUCCACUGCUUGAUCUGCUGAAGGUUAAUGGAAAGCUAGUCACUUUGGGCUUGCCAGACAAGCCUCUAGAGUUGCCUAUCUUUCCCUUGGUUACAGGGCGAAAGCUUGUCGGAGGAAGUGGCGUAGGAGGGAUCAAGGAGACGCAGGAAAUGCUAGAGUUUUGCGCUGAGCACAAUAUCACUGCAGAUAUUGAGCUAAUCAAAAUGGAAGACAUGAACAAAGCCAUGGAUAGGCUUGCCAAGUCUGAUGUCAGGUACCGGUUCGUCAUCGAUGUGGCGAACUCCUUGUCACAGUAGAUCUGCUGUGAAGCCUUGAUGGGAUUUGCCUUCUCAGUUAAUAAGUUUGAUAGUUAUUACUAUCUACAGUAUGGGAUUACAGAUGAACCAACUUUUGCUUUCCUUGACUUAUGUUGGUUUUUAUCUUUGUUUUUCUUAAUCUGAAAGACAUUAAUUGCUUGUGUGAUUUUGUU